AAAUACCACAGUUAGUGCUACCUGAUGGGUAGGUAAUGGUACCCUCUGAACCUCUGAUAGCGGGUAUUCGAUAGAAGGUACCGAUUGGAUAAAAAUGCAUUGAUCGAUGCGUGAGAUUGUUCGACUGGUAGUUGGAUAGAGAAAUGUUGCGUUUAGGUAUUCGUCACGUUUAGAGUUCCAAAAUGUGUGCAUUCAGUCAGUUAUUACUUCUACUUUUAAUUUCAAUUAAUGUAAUCGUUUAUUGUGAAGAUUCGCUUUUGUUUGCUGAAGAUACUUUGAAGAAAUACCAUGGAAAUAUUAUUUUUUCAUCAGUGAUUUUUCGACAUGGAGAUCGGGCACCACAGACGUUGUAUUCUAAAGACCCUUAUUUAAAUGAAUCAUAUUGGCAAAUACAUUGGCCACAAGGGAAAGGGCAGUUGUCAAAAAUUGGUAAGUUACAAGAAUACAAUUUAGGAAAAUGGUUUCGCAAAAGAUAUGAUUCGCUGAUACCACAAGGAUAUAAAUACGAUCUAUUGAAAGUGGAAAGUUCAGACCUAGACCGUACAAUAAUGAGCGCUGAAUGUUUCCUUGCUGGGUUCUUUCCUCCUUCGUCAAAUGAAACGUGGGCAGAUGACGGCUUGAAAUGGCAACCAGUUCCAAUACGCGCAAUACCAGUGGAUCUUGAUAAUAUAAUUGGCUUUCGAGCGAAUUGCGAAAGAUACAAUUUGGAAAAGGAGCAAUUUAAUAAGUCUCCCGAAGCUUUGGAUUUCUAUUUAAAACACCGGAAGAUUUUCAAUUACAUCGCUGCCAAUUCUGGACAAAAGAUGUCAUCGGAUAAUGUAUUUUACUCUAUUGAAAAUGCUUUCCACUUGUAUGAUGUUUUGUUCGUCGAGAAAUCGUAUAAUUUGACAUUGCCAGAGUGGACUAAUUCUAUAUACCCGGAGCCCUUGACACGAUUUGCAUCACUCAACUUAUUACUACAUACAAGCGUACUCGGUGCAAAUGCGAAAGAUUGUACUUUAAUUAGAAAACUAGUAGAGGAAAUGGAAAUGAAAAUUCAUAGGAAAUCUAACAGUCUAUUCCAUUUUUAUUCUGGUCAUGAUACUACUAUCGCCGGAUUGCUUACAGCACUAGAAAUGUACAACGAUAUUUUCAUACUUCCUUCGUACAGUGCCUCGUUAAUUUUUGAACUGAGACAGAAACACAAAAAUUAUGUCGUGACGAUUUUGUAUCGGAAUUCGACCAAUAUGCCACCUCAGUUUUUACAUUUACGUGGUUGUGACCAUGUCUGUACAUUGGAUAAGUUCAAAGCAUUGACUCAACAUUUGAUACCAGGGAACUGGGAUGAUGAAUGUGAUGCAAGUUUGAUGAAAAAAGAAGAUGAGCAAAAUAAUAAUAUCAUCUUUCAGCAGAUUAUCAAUUCAUUAGGCCUUAACACAAAAUCAGAAACCGGAAAGAUAAAGGAUUAGUAUUAUUACUUACAUAAGUUAUAUUAGGUAGAUAAUAGGUAUCUAAUAAUACCAUGUCAACAAUCUUGUAUUCACAAAUUCAUUUUUAUUCAUACCUACUCAUUUUCACUCGGCUAUUCUCUCUUAGCUUAUUAGGCGUUAUCUUUCUUCUGCUAUACUUUUUCUCUAUGAUAAUUCAUGAUGCAGAUAUUUUUCUUCAGUUACCUAUUAUUCUUGGUUUAUUUUUCUUCAUUUUCAGUUCUUUGGAUAUGUUUUUCCCUUUCCUCGUAUCUCUUAUCCGUUUUACCUACGCACAUAAGCAAUUAACAAUUAAGUGCUUACUUUGAUAUUGAUUGAUUUGAAAAUAAACAAGUACAUACCUAG